GCGCCUGUCCUCACUACUGUACCCUACUACCCUACUUCCCUACUUCCCUACUUUUCCCUCGUUUCCCCCCAUUAAUUGCUCUUUGGUGCGGCCUCCCAUGCCCCCAGUGAUCUUAGUGAUCGGAAAGCCCAUAAUCCGCUUUUAAAGCGUUCACCUCCCCCCUCCCCCCCAAACGCAAAUAAAGCCCAACACAAUCCCUCAAAUUUUACUUGCGUCUCAUAUUUCUCAGGCUUGAUACCGCAGCAGCGACAGCCUACAAUCAACGCAACCCAAUCUUGCAAGACAUCCCUCCCUGCCUGCCUCCCUACAGACCGCCAUACACACACAUACAUCCUCACCACACAUUCCAUAUCAAUCAGAAAAAAAUUAAAAAAAAUGGCACGUUCAAAGAAGACGGAAGAAAAACCCAAGGACGUUCCAGCUGGUGACGGAGCAACUUUACAAAUCGACGUUGCAAGCUUUGUGAGAACCAGAGAUACUUUUAUCGGUGGUCUCGCGACUUUACAAGAAGCCAUCUCAAGUGUUUCCUCCGCCUACAUCAAACAUACCAAUGCUGUCCUCGGCGAACAUGGCACCGGUUAUACCAUCGAUACAGCGCUAUCCAAGCUCGGCGAUAAUCCUCUCCUCGAAACUUUGGGUGCUCUUCAACGUGCCGCAAGCCCUAUCAUAGCCAAAGCUGCGGAUACUGCCCCAGAGAAGAAGGAAAGAAAAAAGAGACAACACGAUCCCAAUGCGCCAAAGCGUCCUCUGACUCCAUUCUUCCUCUACAUGCAAACCGCUCGUCCUAUUAUCGCAAAAGACCUUGGUGAUGUUCCCAAGGGAGAGGUUUCAAGUGAAGGUACCAAGAGAUGGACUGACAUGGCUCCUAAGGAUAAAGCUCUUUGGCAAGAUGCCUACAAGGAUAACCUCCGUCUCUACAAUGCGCGCAUGCACUCCUACCGCAGAGGCAACCUUACAGCUAAGGAAAUGGGUGAUGAUGCUGCUGCGGCAUACGCUGAUGAGAACAACAUUGGAGCAGAUGCUUCUGCCGAUGCUCAACUCGUAGGAGAAGCUACCGCCGGAGUUACAGCUACAGUUGAGGAAGAAGAAGAUGCAGAAGGUGAACCUGAAGCCGAAGCCGAAGUUGAGAAAUCACCAACUCCAGCUCCAAAGACUCCAAAAGCCAAGGGACGUAAAUCAAAAGGCAAAGCCGAUGUCGCUGAAGAAAUCCCCGCUCCAUCAUCUGCUUCUAUCGUCCCCCCUCAAAAAGAAGCAAGCCCAGCUAGAAAGCGUAAGCGCUCUGGCAAGAAGGCUGAUGAGCCAGUUGUUGCUACUACCGAACAAGAAGAAGCACCAGCAACAAUUGAAACACCUAAAUCAGCACCAAAGUCUAGAAAGAAGAAGGCUAAGACUGAUGCAUAGAUUACGGAGAUGAAAUAAAGAAAACAAAUAUUAAAAUCUUUUUCUUUUCGCAGCAAAAGAUUCUAGCUACUCAGGCGUGGCGUUCACCUUUGAUUUCUUCUUUGCAAUUGUGUUUAGGGAGGUCUUUUUUUUUUUAAAAAAAACAUAACAUGGAUAUCGAUGCUCUUUCUCUGUCUUUUCGUUUUCCUUUUCCUUUCCCUUCUCAUACACAUUUUGUCGUUGUCAAAUGGUUGACGGAUAUGGAUAUGGAUAUGGAAUGUGGAAUAUGAAUGCUCUUACGUGAAUUCUGUUUACUUUUGACUCGAUCAAUGGAUAUGGAUGGAUCUUUGGGGUUAGCUUUAGCUGGUACAAGGUACACAAUGGGUGAAUUGAUUGGUUGCAAGGUAUAACUUUACUUUUUGCUUGUGGUGGAGGGAAAGAAAUGAAAUGAGUUGAAUUGAAUUAAAUUGCUUUUUGAGUUCUGAACUAUGAGUGUGUUGUGUGAGCUUUUGUGGUGGAUGGAUUUGGAAGGGGAGAGGAUGGGUUGAGAGGGUUGGGUUACGCGUUAGGUAGAUAGCUUUCUAUCUAUCUAUCCAGCUUUCUAUGUUGCUAGCGGAGUGGAGUGGAGUGGGAUGGAACGGAAUGGAAUGAAUAAUUAGCAUCUUUGAUAUCA